AUGGGUUCCCUCAUCGUCGCUGUGGCGCUUGUCGCCGCUCAGGGUGGCUUCAUCUAUGGGUUUGAUUCUGGAAUCAUUGCCACGACCUUUGGCCAUGACAGUUUCAAGCUCAAGAUGUAUGGGCCGUCUAUGGUCAACACUAGCUAUCAAGGUAAUAUUAUCCACACAACCCGGUACCAUCCCAUUUGGCAUGGAGGCACCGCUGACUCUUGUCUUCACAGGCGCCAUCGUAUCGCGUUUCUGAUGUUUUUACCAGCGAUCAUUGGCUCUAUACUCCAAUGUGCCGCUGUCCAAGUUGGCAUGAUGAUUGCAGGCCGUCUUGUGGCUGGCAUCGGCUGUGGUCAACUACUCUCGGUUGUUCCCAUCUAUCUUGCCGAGGUUGCGCCUCCAGCGCGUCGUGGCUUCCUUGUCGGACUUCAGGGAAUGAUGAUAGCCAUCGGCUUUGGCGUUGCUAAUUGGGUUGGCUACGCAGGUGCUUUUGCCAUGGGAGACGGCCAAUGGCGGAUUCCACUGGCUAUGCAGCUCCCCAUUCCCAUUCUCCUCUCUGUAAUGGUCUUCUACGUACCGUUCUCGCCUCGUUGGCUUAUACUGCGCGAUCGAUACGAAGAAGCGAGAACCGUCUUGGCGGAUCUACACGGGGCUGCGGACAACGAUGAUCUGGUUGGACGCGAACUCAUACAGAUCCGUGAGCAAAUUCUCCUGGAGAGGUCUCAGGGCAACAUGGACUGGAUGACGGCUCUACGUGCACUGUUUUCCCGAAAAUACGUCCGCCGUACACUCACUGCCGCAUUCAUUGUCACCAUGGGACAGCUCAGCGGCUCCUCAGUCAUUCAAAACUUUCAAAACAUCUUCUACGCCACUGUCGGGUUCACUGGUAGAACGGCGCUGCUCAUCAGUGGUGCUUACGGCAUGAUGGGGAUUCUGGGCCAGGUCAUCUACCUCUUCGUCGUCGCAGACCGCUGGCCACGAACACGUACUCUAUGGAGCGGUUCUCUUGUGUUGAGUGCCAUGAUUGCAUUAUGCAUGGCUCUCAGCGCAGUCUAUGGUAACAAGAAUAACGACAACGAGGCAGGAGCAAGGGCGGCCAUCAGCGCCAUCUUCAUCUACUCGAUGUGUUACGCCAUUUUUUUCAAUGCCAUGAUCUGGGUUGUGCCGUCGGAGCUGUUCCCCUUCUUUCUCAGAACCAAGGGUCUGGCGUUCGCCGUUGCUACCAAGUACUACUCACUUUUCAUCGCAACAAACCUAGCGGCCGCUGUCUUCUACUUCUUCUUCCUUCCAGAGACUUCCGGGAAAUCCUUGGAGGAAAUUGCGGAGCUAUUCGGAGAUGACCUAGCAACAAACCGCCUGGGCGAGCUGGACGUGGACGCGAAGAAUGGAAUCGGACCGGAGGCGGAGCUUCAUGAAUUCGCCGAGAGGCGAUCUCAGGCUUGA